CGCACUGGAAUGCAGUUCCAUAACACAAACACUUUCACAUUGAAUGUUGUGUAAAUUGCGAACUUUAGACUCCGCUCGUCAAAAAAUAUAGGAUUUCAGGAUGGCUCUUGCCCUUUCUGACAGGGCUAUCGGAGCGAUUAUUGGAUCAGCUGUUGCCGAUGCUGCAGCUCAGCCGCUCCACUGGGUGUAUGACCUGUCAAAGCUGAGUGUUUUACUCUCUCAGAACCCUGAAUUUCGUCCUGAGUCUGCGAAUCCAUUCUACAGGAGGAACACUGGACAGCAGAGCUGCUAUGGGGAUCAAGCAUUCAUUCUCUUGGAGUCACUGUCUGAGUGUGGAGGUCUGAAUGUGGAAGAUUUGAAGCAGCGCACCUACAAGUUCUUUGGGCCAGGAUCUUAAUAUGACACACCAGUCAAUGAUCCUUACAGAGACAAAGGAGCUCCCAGGCCUCAGUUACCAAUUGAGGGACCCUGGAGACAAGCAAGCCUUAAGAGCUUUAUUAAAAAUGUGGAUGCUGGCAAGGAGGAGACAGGUUGUGAAACUGAUACCCAAAUAGAUGGGGUGACAAAGCUGGCUCCGAUUGUGGCAUGCUAUGCUGGAAAGCCAGAGAUGUUGGAGAAGGUUGAAGAAGCCAUCCGUGUCACGCAAAACAAUGACUUGUGUGUAGCAGAAACGCUUGCUGCUGCCAGGUUUUUGGAGCAUUUCAUCCUGAAUGGCCCUGAUCCCAAAGCUCUGGAUGCAGUGCUGAAACAACUCAGUGACCCGGAGAGAAAAAACCCUCAGGAGCUGGACAAAGCUGUAGUUGGACACAUUCAUCAAGUGAAGGACAAUCUGAGCAAGACACCCAAAAAGCUCAUUCCAGCUGUGUUUCCAAAUACCUGAGGUUUGCCCGGUGCAUUCCAGGCAGCUCUGCAUGGGGUUCUGACAGCCAGCGGCUACGAGCAGGCUGUCCGGGAUACCAUGAGCUGCGGCGGGUGCACCUGUAGCAGGAGCUCCUUCAUUGGCGCCUGCAUUGGCGCUCAGGUUGGACUUGAAGGAAUCCCAGGUUCCUGGAAAAGCAAGACAUUGAGAUGCAACACUUUGUUAGAUCUUUCCAAAAAAGUUGUUGCUUUCCAACAGAUUUAGCUUGUUUUUAUGUUAAGGUAAUACGUGGAUGCUAUCUGAAGAAUAUGAUAUUAUACACGUUAUUAUGAAUAUUGCCUGCAGAUCAACUUCUGGGACUGCUGUGAUUUGGAUAAAACAGUUCAUGAAAGUUUUAACGUGAAAUAUUUGGAAGUUAAAACUGAUCCUUUUGUUUUAUUGAAUCACGGCAUGACAUGCAGAAAAUGGCAUUCCUUGUGGCAUUAAACUUCUGCUUGAUGAGAACA